GCAAAGUUGAAAAAAGGAGAAAACGGAUGAGCAUGUGAAUUUGUUUAUUAUUAAUUGAGCAGGGGAGCAGUACACAGAGAGAUAAAGAGACCAACAUUACAUUAGCCUCUAAAAAUCCCAUUCUCUUCUUUCCCUGCUUCCUUUCACCAGUUUCCAUCAGCGGCGAUUCUGGGUCUCUGGUGCUCUGUCCUCUUUUGAAGUUGAACAGCUGGGAAAUGGAGUAGAUGGGAGGGUAUAGAAUGUUGGGAUCAAGCUGGAAGUGAGAAAGUUUGGAUCUUUUUAACAGUUGGGCUACACCAUUUUCUCUAACUUGAGAGGGUGAGAAGUUUUCACCUUGGAUCUCUCUGGUUUUUCUCUUGGAGCUACUCAAAUCCAUGCAGCUCUAAUGCCCACUGCUUCUCUUCUUUAGAACUGCAAAACCCACUUGGAAAUUUUAUUUUGUGUUGUUAAUCUGUAAGUUAGAGGUUGUUUUGGAGCCCAUUGGUCUCUUCUUCAAGAGGGAUUCUUCUCCCUUUCUUCCCCCCUUCAAGUCCCACACUUGUUUGCUAAAAUGGCAUGCUAAAACUGUGAAUAGCUCAGUUAGCCGGUUAGGUUUUGUUUUCUUUUUGCACUGAGGUACUUUCUAUCUAAGAUUCAUAAAUCAUAACUAAGGGGAAAAGGGAGGUUUUCUCCAAGUAUUCCUUUCCAACCUUGGGGUUGUAUUUUGAAGGUUCAAUAAUAUUCAGGAAUCUCUUCAAUCGUACCCUAAAAAGAUGGGUUGUGUGGCAUCAAGGAUUGAUGAGGAAGAAAGAGUUAGGAUUUGUAAAGAGAGAAGGAAGCUGAUGAGACAGUUGGUGGGAUUCAGAGGUGAAUUUGCUGAUUCUCUACUGGCUUACUUGAGAGCACUCAGGAAUACAGGUGUGACCCUUAGGCAGUUCACUGAAUCUGAGUCAUUGGAUACUGAGAGCACCUCCUAUGGCAUUGGCUUGGCACUGCCUCCAUCGCCACCACUUCAGUUGCCUCCUUCCCCACCGCCACUCCCUUUCAGUCCUGAUUCAAGGAAGUCCAGCAGUGAUAAUAACCCAAAAGAAGAACAAGAACAAGAAGUUACUACCGACCACUUAGCUUCUCACGAAGAGAGCAUGGCAAUUGAUGAUGAGGGCGAUAGAGGAGGAACUCCACCACCUCCUCCUGAGAGCUCAUCAUCGUGGAACUAUUGGGAUCCCUUCCUUGAGCCUCAUUCUUUGCCGGAUCACGAGGAGAGUGGCGAGAUAGUGGAAUCAGCAAUGGAGGAGGAGACUUGGGCUGAGACCAAGACUGAGUUUGAUGAGGAAGAACAUGGAGGAGAGGAAGUUAGUGGGGCGGCAGGUCCCAGUAAUACGGUUCCAAGUCAGCAGCAGCCGAGACAGCAGCAGCAUUGUCGUCGUCUUCCUGUGGAAUUGGUUGAUGAUAACUCAUCCAUGACGAGCUGGCAGACGAAGGACACUGCCGAUAUGAGUAUGGUUCAGUGGAGGCGCAGGAAGACAUUGGAGGCUAUUGUGAGAGAUUUAGAUGACUAUUUCCUCAAAGCAUCAGCUGGCGGGAAGGAAAUAGCUAUUCUUAUGGAUAUCUCCAGAGGGGACACUUCUCUCUCACAUAGUUCCAGAGAAAACAAAUGGAAGAGGAGCAAUUCUGCUAAGGUGUUCAGUGCAUUGUCAUGGAGCUGGUCUUCUAGGUCAUUACAGCCACCUAGGGACUUCACUGAGGUCUUUAGUACUAGUGAACCUUGCAAACCUGGAGCUCACUGCAUUACCCUUGAGAAGCUUUAUGCUGCAGAGCAGAAACUUUACAAGGAAGUUAAGGAAGAAGAGAUAACCAAAUUGGAGUUUAAGAAGAAGUCCAUUUUACUAGCAAAACUAGAACAAGAGAACCAUGAUUGGAACAAGUCGGAAAAGAUUAGAUCAAGUGUUGAAGAGUUGGAGUCGGACUUAAGAAGACUCCAACAUUCUAUAAGUGGAGGUUGUUCUUGCAUAUUGGAACUCAUUGAUGUGGAGCUGUACCCUCAACUCAUUGCAUUAGUUGCUGGGCUGAAGAGCAUGUGGAGGACAAUGUAUGCAUGUCAUCAAGUUCAGAAUCACAUCUCCCAACAAAUGAAUCACCUAAACGAUAAUCAAGGGGUGGAAUCAGCAACCGAGUUCCAUCGCCAAGCGACAGCUCAGCUCGAGGCCGAGAUUAUCUCAUGGUACCACAGCUUCUGCAGACUUGUGCGAUCCCAAGAGGAAUACGUGACGACCCUAUGCAGGUGGGUCCAACUCACUAGCUGCCUUGUGGAUGACCAACAACCACCAAGUGCUCAAUCACCUGCUGUUCACAAGCUUUGUGAAGAAUGGAAACUCGGCUUUGACAAAAUGCCUGACAAGGUGGCAUCAGAGGCCAUAAAGGGCUUUUUAUCAUCCAUCCAAGCGAUAGUGCAGCAGCAGGCAGAGGAACUGAGCCUGCAAAGAAAAUCGGAGAAGUUGGAGAGAAGGCUGCAGAAAGAACUGAUGUCACUUGCUGAAAUGCAGAAGAGAUUUGACUGGAGUAUUCCUGAUGGAGAUGAUGCAACUCCCAAUCUGAGCCCUAAGCACCCUUUGUCUGUUAAACUUGUCAAAACUGAAGACUCAAAGAAGAGAGCUGAGAUUGAGAAGGCCAAAUAUUUGAACUCAGUCCAGGUCACCCGAGCCAUGACUCUGAACAACCUGAAAACUAGCCUCCCACUUGUAUUCCAGGCGUUAACAAAGUUCUCAGGGGCUUCUGUCCAGGCACUUCGAGCUGUUCGAACCCACCAGGGUAAACCAGAAGUUCAAUGUGAUCCACCUGAAAACUCCAUGAACCAAGGGUGAUAUAGUGAGCCAGAGUUCAUGAAUGUUCUUUGCAGAAGCCUUCCAAGCCAUAUAUUGAGUGUAGAAAUCCAUUGGAAACUCUUCCAUUAUGUAAAAACUAGUAUAAUCA